UUCAAAAACAAAAUCCAAACGAUAACGGUCUAAGCGAACACAAAAUGUUUAUAUUGGUUUACGUCUACGCUAUUAUGGUGGUUUAAGAAUCUUUAUAUAUAUAUAUUGAAAAAUAUUUUGCGUUAAAAUAACAAGGAUCUAGCGUAAACUGUAAUUGAUGGAACGUUGAAAUGUACAAAAUAAUUGGAAUACUUUGCAUUUUAGUGGGCUACACAUUAUCAAUAGAAGGUGAUGAUCUAACCAUGGUUUUGCGUUCUGAAAUUACCACAAAAAGUAAAGAAAGAGCCUCUCCAAUUGUAACGAAUGACCCAGGGGUGACACGAGUCAUAGAUGGUCAAGUUGGCGAUCCGAAUAUAUGUAAUUGUUGCGUGACAUUGUUAAGACCCGCCUGGAUUGAACUUGAUUUCGGAAAACCGUAUUUGCUGCACACAAUUAAACUAUUUGGGCCGACGAAAAGUACAAAUAUAUCUGUGAUUAAUCAGUUUAAAAACAUCGUCCUCUUUGCUGGCGAAUCGGCUACCAGCCCAAUGAUUGAGGUUUCCUACAGCUCGCCGAAUACAACCGAUAUCAAGUUUGAGUUUUACCGUCCUCGCAAUAUUCAGUUUGUUCGUGUGUAUGGAUUCGAUGGCGAUGCACACAUGACUAUUUGUGAAAUAAAGGCAUUUCAUGUUAAAGGACGUAGGAUUAUUGGAAAGGUAACACUGUCGUCACCGUCAAUGAUAGAGGAUGCCAACGAAGCUUGCUCUGCAGCGCAUGCCUUUGAUGACAAGGAUAUCACCUCCGCUGGAGACCUAUGCUCCAAGUGUAGCGCAGCUAGAGGAAUGACACCGUGGUUGGAGGCAGAUCUCGGUCAACACUACCUGAUAGCAUACGUUAACAUAGCUGGUCGACUAAACAGAGAUGUUCAGAGAGCCGAAAGUCAGUAUCUGGUAAUGUUUUUAAGCAAUAAAAGCCGCAUAGACGUUGACAACAACACACCUCAGAAUGAAGCUUCGAGUUCGACUGGACUUUCUUUGACAUUUAAUCCACCAGUAGUUGUCCGGUAUAUGCGUAUUGUUCAGACACAUCCAGCUCCACAAAUGAUAAUUUGUGAGGUUGACAUUUUUGUGAUAGAAGAGACGAUGACAACUACGAUCGACUUUUCCUACAUAACUGAUGUUACAACCUCCAAGAAGAUCAUCGAAACAGCCUUUAUGAAUACACAUACCAUGUCUGCACCCUCCGUUUCACAUUUAGGCCCGACAACACAAAGUACUAUGGUAGACACGACCUAUGAGGAAACUGCUAAAUCUAACAUUUAUCUUAAUAUUAUCGUGCCAUCUCUUAUUUCAUUGUUGGUGAUAAUAUCGAUUAUUGUUGUAAUAUUGGUGUGUCAACGAAGGAUAAAGAAGACAAAGAAUCGUAAACAAUCAAAUGCAGCACAAGACAGCACGUAUUGUACUAUUUCAACUCCGCGGAAUGAAGAGUCCAGCUACUCUUCGUUGCAUAAUCCAUCCAAUGGAGGCCACCAAGAGAUAAUACCGAUGACGAUCAGUAAACAAUCAAAUGCAGCACAAGACAGCACGUAUUGUACUAUUUCAACUCCGCGGAAUGAAGAGCCCAGCUACUCUUCGUUGCAUACUCAAUCCGUUGGAGGCCUCCAAGAGAUAAUACCGAUGACGAUCAGCGAAAUUCAGGAUGUCGGUUGGUAUGAGACGUUGAACUCGGAAACAAGAGUGGUUGAGUCAUACACAACUCUUCAUACUGCCGGGGGAAGAUAAUUCGUCGUAGAUUGUUUCAAGUUUCAAAAGAAAACAAUCAACUAAAUUGAAAUACUAAACGCUUUCAGCUGACAAAACACAUAACGUCGUAACGUAAAUGAAUGUGAUAAAUUAACAACGUGCUUUUGUUUAUUGAUUAGCAUAUAUAACAAAAACACAGAAAAAGUAACUAUUCACGUUUUAAUUGACAGAUUUAUCAUGCAUGUGUUUGGAGAGCAGAACUUAAAUGUCAUCUACUCAGUUGAUAGCAGCAUAGUUACCGAAGAAUUUAGAACUGUAGGCCAAUGUUGAUAAUCAUAUUAGAAUGCUUCGCAAAGAAGACAUUUAAUUUAAACUUUCCUUGGCGCACGAUCAAGUGAAAUAGUGAAUACUUCAAUUUAUCUACUUUGGCAAAACUAUGAUAAUAUAUUGACAUCGUUUAUGGCAGUUAACAAAAAAAUACCAUUUGUUGACAAACAUGUUUGCAUUAUUAAUGAUAAAUAUAAAUGUGUUUUGUUAACAAAAACGUGUGCUUUUUAGAAAAUCUGCGUGCAAAUAAAGCCCAUAAAUCGG